UUGCACAGCAUUGAAAGUGAAAUAUAUAUGCGGUGAUAUACUUGAAUUCUCUUUUCCCGGCAAACGAACUAGAAGUUUUGUUUGCUUGGGAGUAAGUUGGGGCCACUUUCACUGUAUUGUUUCUUUGAAUUGUGGUUUCUUUUUAUACAAUCGGGAGCCCGAUCUGUUUGGAUCGACUCUAUAUAGAUACUACUCUUUUAACCACUGUCUUGGGCUUAUAGUGGUAUGUUGCAUGAAGCUGCAGUGUGCGGACUUUUCACAAAGGAGCCGUUUUUAGUGGAGAUCCCAGAUUGAAAGCACACAUGCACGCACGUAUAAUACAAGAUUGAAACCGUUUAUGACAGUUUGAGAAUGAAGGUUCUUGCAUAUAAUAGUUCUGCAUGAAAACACGGAACAGAUGGAUGUGGACAAAAUUCAAGCCAUCAUCAAGAAGAAUGGUAUCUCAACCAUUCGCUAUGAGAUGCCCGAUGUAUAUGGUAUAUCUCACUGCCGUCUAUUCCCGGCUGCAUCCUUUCAAAGAAGGACCACUGAAGGUGUCAAGUUCAGCAUCAGCACCCUGAUGUCCUCGGAUCCUCAAGGUAACCUGGCGUCUGGCACCGGGUACGGAGAAGAGAUUGGCUUCGGAAACUGUCUGGCGUUUCCAGACUUGGAGACCUUUCAAGUCGUGCCCUGGGCAAAGUCCUCUGCUCGGGUGCUGAUGAAUCCUACGAUUGAUGGCCAGCCUGUUGUAGGUUACCCGAGGUAUGUGGCACGUCGUCAGAUUGCAAGACUCAAUGCAGUCGGUUACACGCUUCUUUCUACGAACAAAUACGAGUUUUGUGUGGAGAAUGCAGUGGAGAGAAAACCAAUCUUUUCAGGGAGGAACUUCGGAGCAACGGUUCGGCUUCCGAAGGUGGAAGGCAUCUUGGAGCCACUCUGCGAUUACCUUCCGCAAGUUGGGUAUGAUAUAUUGAACAUGGAUACAGGAUAUGGACCUGGACAAAUCGGGAUGUCCUACAGACCAGCGUUUGGGCUGAAAGCAGCGGAUACCGCAUACACUUUCCGAACGUCAAUUAAAGAAAUCGCCCUGAGGAAUUCUCAUAUUGCCAGUUUCAUGACAAAACCAUACAGCGAUGGCAACGGAUCGUCAGGGCACUUCAUCCAUUCUCUCUGGGAUACGAAACGCAAGCAUCCUAUGCUGUUUGACAAGGAUCAUCCUACAGGGUUAUCGAAGAAUGGUCGUCACUGGGUGGCGGGGAUUCUAUCACAUGUUCCGGGUUUAGCUGUCCUGAUGUGUCCGACCAUCAACUGCAUGAAACGCUUCGUUCCAAAUGAACAAUCUCCCGUCAACGCAUCAUGGGGUUACGAUAACCGCAGUACGGCCGUGCGGGUUCGGGUCAUGGGAGAUCGUGGAACAUUCAUUGAAAACCGCCUUCCAGGAAGUGGCUGCAACCCUUACAUUGUCAUGGCAGCGACAAUUGCAGCGGGCAUUGAUGGCAUCGCCAACAAACUUCCUUUGCCGCCUCCUGUGAAAGGCGACGUGAUGGACGAGAAGUCCCUACCUCCUCUCACAGCUAGUAUUCCAAACAACAUACAUGACGCUCUGAGCGCUCUGGUAGCCGAUACUGUCCUUUGUGAUGCCUUAGGAGAUGAGUUCAUUAACUGCUUCCUAUCGCUGAAGCAGCAGGAGGAUCAACUGAUGACUACAGCAAUGGCAACAGGAAACAAGAACUGGGAAUAUGAUUACUAUUUUGAAUAUAUGUGAUAUUGAGCCUUCACACGAUGAUUUUAUUUUUCAUAGAUGUAUAGCAUGUGUAGCAUUAUGAUAUCACUUUUAAAUAGAAAACUAAUGCUUUAGUUCAACAUUUUUUUGGUACACCAGUUCUACAACUGAAUAUUAGAUGAGAUUUAUCAAUAUACAUAUUUGUCUGAAUAAUGCAUCAUGUAAUGCAAA